AAAGUGAAACAAAAAGGAUUGCAUUGCGAUACAGCCGUCAUAAAGUGGAAGCUUCCGAGUCCAUAGAAUCACCCCUACACCCUCGUUCUUCAAAGCGGAAAAAUAUCGAUCGUACGAACACCUGUUCGCGGUACAAUGGGGGAGCGCACCUGCCCAUACUACCACCACAAUCCACCGCGCCGCCGGCCGCGCGAACGUGCGCUGACCGCCUCCACGUCACGUAUCGAUCCGCUGACCACCACGCACUGGCAGGUUAUACCACCAUUACUGCUGCCCAGCAAAUCUGUUCUAAAUUCAAAAGUUCUAACGGUUUGUUCUGAUUUCAAAAACGUUGCGUUGCGUCAAAAGUGAUUUUUCCACAGGUACUUUACAAAGUGCAACCAGUUUCACGCGGUUUUAAUUCCAAAAAUAGUUUUUAAUUACAACGCAAGCACUUUAGAAUCCAAUUUUAUUAAGACGCAUUAAUGAAUUUGGUGCCGCAGCAGUUCUUUUCGUAUUUCCUAGUACUACGCGCCGUCGUACAAAGCUAACAUUGGAAAUAAUUACUUAUUAAUGUCAAUGAUUCACCGACAAUGACUCAUCGGUUUUUGCUGUUCCAGUGAUGUGAAGCGACCAUGCACAUAACCUCGGGUCUGUCGCCGGCGUCGGGCGAGAUGCUGGACACUUCUGUCCUGCAACUCUACGGGGAGGCCGGGGACCAAUGCGGCUACUUCUCCAUCGACCACGCCGUCCCCGAGUCCUCGCACACCGUGGAGAUAGAAUACGUUUACGAACAACCAGAAACCUACGCGCAAAAUGUGGAUUUAGAACCAGUAAAAGAAGAAGUACAAACAAAAAAUGUGAGGAAACCGGAGAAAAUAGUAGUUGACGAUGAACAGGAAACAGAUUUGACUAAUCUAACAUGGCUGCAGAACAUUACGAAUAUUAUGGCGAUUCCACAGUUUCCAAUACCGCCUGUGUCUCCCAGUCCUCCAAUUAAGACACCUCAGACCACGAGACUGCAGAAGUUUAACCAGACUAUAGCAAAGUGUCAAAGGGAUUUUAUGGAGAACAGAGAGGAAUAUCAGACCAAUAGCGAGAAGAAGCCGCCGUACUCGUACAGUACGCUCAUUUGCAUGGCCAUGCGGUACAACGAUGAUAAGAUGACGCUGUCGGCCAUAUACUCGUGGAUAAAGGAGAAUUUUAAAUAUUAUAGGAAUGCUGACCCCACUUGGCAGAACUCAAUAAGGCACAACCUAUCACUAAACAAAGUAUUCGUGAAAGUCGCCCGUUCGAAACAGGAGCCUGGGAAAGGUGGCUUUUGGAAACUAGACCUGGGACACCUCAAGGGGACCCAGCGUAUCUCCAACAGGUCACAUAAGAAGAAGAAGGCCGACAGUGCCAAGACAGAAACAAAUGAAGAUCGGACAGCUGUCGCGAACAUACCACAAGUUGUUCAAGGGAUAGCGACUGAUAUGGGACAUGCUGUGAGCUUACAUUUGCCUGAGUUUAUUAGUCUACCGUUGCCUGAAAUAACGUUGGACAGUCAUGUCGGAGCCAACGUGAUUGUGGAACCAGUGGCGCCCCCGCCGUUGAUACAAGAAGACGACUUGAGCUCUCUGCUCCUGAAUCCGACGGAUUGGGACGAUCUGCAGUUGGACAUGCUGGACAACUAUCUCGACUCUUGCUUCAAAUAAAGGUAAGGUGAUACUGAUGUGAAGUGAAAACAAGGGUAUUUCGACAUUUCACUUAGUCUGCGCUCCAAGGUGGUCAGUAUGCGAAACAGAGCUAAGAAAUUACAAAGAACAUCUUUCUUUUGGAUG